AUGGGUAUGCAAAUGUUUGACGAUAUCAUGAAGAACGUCCAGAAGGAACUUCAGGAACAAGUUCACAAGGUCAAGGCCAUCGAUGCGGAGCGACAAGCCAUGGGCCGUCGAAUUGGACAGCUCGAGAGCCAAAUCGCCGAGUGCAAAGUCGUGCUCAUGGAACUCAACAGCGCUCCAGAAGACGCCAAGUGCUACAAAAUCCUCGGCCCAGUCCUUCUCGACCAGAGCCUCGCCCAGUCUAAGGAAAAUAUCGUCAAACGCGGCGAUUUGCUCAACAGCGAGCUCAACAAGAUGAAGAAACUGAUCGCCGACUGCAUCGAAAAGUUUAAAAGCGAGAAGCAGGCGCUCGAUGAGCUCAAUGCAAAAGCGAAGCAAAUCAAAGAAGCCCUCGAAAACUAA